CUUCCUCUGUAUUCCCAAAUCUCCCCUUUCACUUUUCCAAGACUUUAUCAUAAACCCUUUAAAUAUCAUCUUCAUCUCUCCCAUUCUCCGUCUGUAAUCUCUGAAAUCUCUUCUUGAUUUUCAAGAACUGGUGUUUUUGGAUUCUGGGUUUUGUUUAAAAGAUGUUGCAGCUGUUUUUUACAGUAGCUUUCUCUGCAGUGCCCUUGACUCUGUACAUUCCACCGGUGAGGAGCUUGAAUCUGUUUGUGGAAACCAUGGAAGAUCUGUUCAGAGAAUCUAGAGAAUACACCAAUAGAGUGUAUCCACGUGCAAGGCAGUUUUGGUCUAGGUUUUUGGAUCUCUUGCUUUGCAAUUUGAGGUUAGAUUAAUACAGAGGAUUCAAUUUCUUCACUGUACAUUCUCUCUUUUCUUCUUCUUCUUCUUCUAUUUGGGUUAAUUUUGAUGGUUGAUUUCUGGGAAAUCUGUCUGAGGAGCUGUUUGGUUUUGUUGGCUGUGUAAUUUUCUUGUUGGUGCGGGAUUUAUUUUCUGUAGGAAAUCUGUGAGCUUUGUUUGGUGUGGGAGAUUUUAUUGUUUCAAUAAAGAAAUCCAUGUGAAAAUUGGGAGAUUGCAGGAA